AUGACUCAACUUGACAGGUAUCAUAUUGUGGUUGUUUCAAAAUAUUUUCUUUCAAUUAAGGAUUUCACAAAUUUUGUACGUGUAAGCAGGAAGUUCAAAGACGUUUUAUUACAGUUUCAUAUUAACCCAAUUCCUAUCAACAAAAAAACAAUCAAAUAUUUUCCAAAGAUUGAAACAUUGAAUUUGUGGUGUAAAGAAGACGAACAUUUUGGGAAUGUUAUUUCAAAUUCAACUCAAUUCAAACAUGAAGAAAAGAAAAACUCACUUCUGAUGGACUUUAUAAACAUUUUUAAUUCAUUUAUAAUAAACACUAAAACAGACUUUAAAAUGAACUUUUUUCGAGUUAAUAUUUGGUAUGAAGUUUCAUACGAACUAGUUCAAAACAAUUUGAACACACAAUUUAUAUUUAAAAACAUUACAUACACCGAACAUGAUCAACAGGUAUAUGGUUAUUCGAUACCUUUAUCAGUCUCUAUCAUCGACAACAACUGUUUUCAGAGUUGUAACAAAAUGAUUUCAAUUAUAAUUCCAAAUUCUGUCACUUCACUCAAAGACGAAUGCUUUAGUGGAUGUGUUUCACUUACUUCUAUUUCUCUUUCAAAUAACAUUAAUACAAUUGGGAAGUAUUCUUUCGUGAAUUGCACUUCUUUAAAGGCAGUAACACUUCCUGUUCGAAUCAAAACAAUUGAAGAAGGGAUGUUUGAGAAUUGUAGUUGUCUCAUUUCUUUUAACAUCCCAAGUGAUGUUUCGAUAUUAGAAAAGUGGUGUUUUCGAUGUUGUCGUUCUCUUCGAAGUAUUGAUAUACCAAUUAAUGUGAAAGUGUUAUCGGACUUUUGUUUUGAAAAUUGUAUUUCUCUUUUUAGUGUAAAAAUGUUUGGUGUUACUCAAAUAGGAAAUUAUUGUUUUCAAAAUUGUGUGAAUUUGAGUAAAAUUGAUUUAAAAAAUUCGUUAAAAGUUAUCGGUGAUUUCUGUUUUAGGGGAUGUGAAAAGUUGCUGUCAUUAGACAUUCCAAAAGGCGUACAAACUGGUGAAGAGUGGUUUGACAAGACCCCAUUACAUGUUAUUUUUAAAUCAAAAGGAUGUGAUACAGUUUAA